AUGGCGUCUCACGAGACCUCGCCUGCAAUGGCCGGCGACGCUGUCGUUGAUACCAACGUGAACACCACGAAACGACGCGAUCAUGUGCGGACGCCUGAAACUGGUUCGCCGGCAGAUGCAUCGGAUGGCAAAGGCGACGACGCGGUGGCCAGCUAUGACGACCAUCCUGGUAUGACGCGUGUCAGCGAGAACGAUGACAGCUCCGAAAGAUCCCUAGACUUUUUCAGCGAGUCCGGUGGUAAACCAAAUCAUCGCAUGCUUUGGUACGCCGCGGAUUACGCCUGGUGUUUUUAUGUGCAACACCAGACUCGGAAUCAAACGCUUCACGAGCUGGAGCUGAAUAAGAAGGAAGGUUGGUCCAUCUUUAGACCUACUACGUUUUUCAACGAGGGCUAUCUUGAGUACGUGACGAAGAAGUGCGCUUUUAGUUACAACAAGGACCAGACCGCUUGCGUCUAG